AAACAAAACAAUCUUGUGCCGCCUGCCCCAGCUCAAAAGUCGAAACGGUUAAAUCUCGGCCUCGAGCCUCAUUUUUUAAACAGAAAGCAAACUUCAUGAAUCAACAUAUCCAUAUCAUAAAGUUUAAAUUGUUGAAAAAGGUUCGAACGUCGUAAACCAACAUGGAUUUUCUCACCGGCUCUCCUGCUGCCACAUCGCAGGCGUCUCAGUCUCCAGCUUUCAUAGCGUCCCUCAACGUGAGCAGCAAUCUCAUGUCGUUCAACUCCCCGGCCAUAGUUGGUGAAAAGGAAAAGAGCUCGAUGUUGCAGCCAGAGAAGGAUAAUUUUCUGAAAAAGCCAGCCAACAUAGAUUUAGAAACUAAAGUGUCGCCACUGAUUUCUAAUCCGUUGGACUGCCCAGAGACAAGCACCCCCUUUGAAGGAGACCAGAGUAUCCCAACUUUUACAUUCGAGAAAAAGCUGGAUGGCAUUACUGAGGACCCCUUUGAUUACCUUGAAAACAUGGCCAUGCAAAAUGCCAAUGACCCCUUUGAAAUGGUGUCGGAAAAAGCUUCAGUGAACUCUGGCUCACUAAGCUCAGGCUCAUAUGCAUACACAAUGAAUGCUGGUUUCUUUGAAUCAACCACUGCUACUGGCAUAACUGCCGAGUUUGAGGAACUAUGCAUUUCUUCAGGAGAGAAUUCCUCUAGAAAGUUAGAAGAUGAAAAGGAUGAAUCUGAACGUGAAUUCAAAAACGUUAACCCAGAUGAUGAUUGGCUUGGAAAUGAAAUUCCUCCAUGGGAGAAGCAAGACGUGCCAUUUGACCUGCUGGAUGACCCUUUGUCUGACGGAGAAGAGUCUUUGAUUGACGUGGUGAGGAGGGUAUCUAGCGAGUUUCCGAAAGUCAUUGCCUCUGUUGUGGAAGACUUAGACACAAGCAUCAUCAAAAAUCUGAAACUCAGAAGCCCUCUUCUUAAAACUGUACCUGAGCUAGAUCUUUCUCCUACUGCUGAGCCUUUGCAAAUUCCAAACAUUGGCCUGAGAUCUAUUGAUUUAUCUUUCAUGAAUUCUUCCAAGGAGACUGAAAAAUCCACUACUCCAACGACUGAAACUCCAAACAAGGCUGAUGCAGACACACUGGAUGAGUGGAAAAAGCAAAUCUAUGAAAAAGCUACAGGUUUUUUGAAAACUAAAAGGCAAUCAACCAGCAUCAAGCCUUUCAGCAAGCCACUCGGUAUGAUAGACGUGAACUCACCUUCUGGACCAAGAGUGUCCACUCCUGUUAAAAAUACAUCCAUACCUCCUAAGUCAAGUCUGCCUACUCCCAAAUAUAAAUCCAGGCUGAUGAAGCCAAGAAAUUAUGGAACUAACAAGGAAAAUGUAUAAUUUGGUGCAACGACGGAGCUAUAAAAUUUAUUGAGUUUGUUAGACAGUUCAAUAUAAAAGUACAUGAUUCAAGUCUAAUUUAAUUAUAUAUUGUAUAAGUUCUAAGCAAUAUGGUCUUGCUUGACAGAGAAAUAAAUAAACGGAAAUUUUCUAUCUUCA